GCGGCUAUGGGAAGACGUCCCACUUUGAUGCUUCCCUUUUCAGUCUCUCCGAGGUUUAUCUAUUUAAUCAAUGUAUCUAUUUUAGUCCCACAGGAGGCUACACAUUAUUAAAAAUGGUCGGCAGAGGAAUGGACUCAUUUCGGUAGAAUCGUCGGGAAAUAGUGAUACGUCUUUUCAGCGUAAACGAUCUCGGGCUACACACGCCCAGCCUCAGCACCAGCGCAUCUUCAACCCACUCGGGCUCUAUAACAACACGGACCAGAACCAGCACGUAAGCCCCCCCACUUUAUGGCCCGCACCCCCUGCUCCUAGCCGUCCGUUAUGUCUUUGGGCCUGCUCCCCGUCUCGCCAUGCCCGAUGCGGAGCGCCGCCUGACUCCACUGCUGCUCUUUGUGCCGUCCUUGCUUCUGGUUUCCUGCCUGGAUGCGACAGUGGGAGCCGCGGAGGAGGGCGGCGGCCUUCCCCCCGCAUCGCCCGGGGACAAUGGCCUUACCGUCGCCACCGCGCCUCCCUCCCCCGGGGCCACCGCCUUAACCGAAGAUCCCCGGUUUGCCCUCAAGGUCCUGGUGAGAGACCUGGUGACACGCCAGCUGCUGCCAGGAGCCUCAGUGGGGGUUUAUGUCAACCACACCCUGAGCGGCUCCACCCGGAUCGGGGAGAAAGGUGAUGCUGUGCUUUGGGUGCCUUACAGUCCCGGGCUCAGGCUCACCCUGGUGGGCACCAUGGAAGGGUACGUUCCCAGAUCACUGCCUUGGAGUACCACAAGGAGACCCGUCUUCUCCGCUGUGACGUUGCUGCUGAUCCCUCAGAGGCAAGGCAACAUCUGGCUGUUUGAGGACUCGGUGCUGAUCACAGCCAAGUUACCCGACAGUGCCUCCCAACCAAAGAUAAUGUUCCCCAAGAACCUCCUGGCACAACCCGACAGGAGCAACAUCUCGUCAGUGACGGCUUACCUGACCGUGCCACAGAUAGCCAAGGACUGUGACAACUGCACGCCAGGCAUUGUCGCCAACGGAUCAGGUUUUAAAAGCAUUGAGCUGAAACCGGUGGCUGCGAUCAGUGUCCUUCUCUAUGUGGGUGGAAAAGAGCUCCAGGUUCGAGGACCCAUCCAGGUCAGCGUGCCUCUCGGGGGCAGCACCCGCCUCCGCGCCUCCGACACCGUACCAGCCUGGGCCUUCAACCUCCAGACAGGUGCCUGGGAGAAUCAAGGUCUGGGAGUAGUGAAGACAGCCGGUGAGGAGCUGGUUUGGACUUACACCGCUUCCCACCUGGGAUGCUGGAUCGCCGCCCCCCUACCAUCCAAUGAUCACCAUGGCUAUGGAAUCUUUUUGGAUUUCAUGUCCCACCACACGCUCCUGUUGGCGGGAAUACUGGCGGGAACGCUUGUUGUCGUGAUUGGAUUUCUGUCACUCCUGUUGUGUCACUGCGGCAAUUCCCACCGAGAUCCCGGGAAAAGGCGUGCCCGUUUUUCCAAACUCACAGUGGUGAAAAAGGACCAAACCACCUCCAUGCACAUGGAAGAAGGUCUGCUGUUCCACUCAGGUGAGAACAUGCUAGCUUCCUGCAGUGUCCAAUGUGAUCCUUCUUCCACUCCGAGGCACAAAGCCAACUACAAUAUUUACGUCGAGGAUCCAUCCGGGCGGCGGACGGCUCCUUUUUACGAGAAUAUUUCAACUCCUCAUCCUCACUACAUCAGCAACGAGGAAGUAUCUCGACUUCGGAGCAGAAUAGAACACAGCAACAUAAACUUCCCGGAUAAGCUGCUUCAUAUUUACAACCAGUCGGUGGCAAUCAUUCCGGCACCCCAAGAUUCCCAGAAAGCCGGCUGCAAGUCGGCGACAUUCCCCCGCAACGGAAACGAGUUUGAUUCCGAGGCUCCGAGUAAAGACAGCUACACUCAGACACUCGGAAAAGUCCAAAACGACCAACAGGAAAGCAACCAGGAUGAUCCCAAGUCUCUGGAAACUCCGCCCAGCAAAGAGUGGGGUCGCUAUAGUAACCUCCUCGAGUCCUCGGUCUCAGUACCGGGAACCCUCAACGAAGCAGCCGGGAUGGACGCCUUCAGCGGUGGUCACGGCGUUCCGAGACAGCUGCAACUGAUCUCAGAGCACACGUUGUUGGAGCUGACGCGGGGAAAAUCGUCGUCAUCCCAUCCCAGAGCUUGGUUUGUCUCCUUAGAUGGAAAACCGGCCGCUCAGGUGCGGCAUUCCAUAAUUGAGCUGCAGAGCCGCCACCGCCCCCCCAGCAGCAACGACACCAGCCUGGAUUCCGGUGUGGAUAUGAACGAGCCUCAGCAUAACAUCCGUGAAGUGGAGCGGGAAAGGCCGUCGCUCAGGGCUUCGUCGCUUCCGCAUCCCGGAAGAAGCGGAAGGUACAGCGAAGACCAGGACUUGAGCAGCAGUGAGAGCGGCACCACUGCCACCUGCACGCCAGAAGACCCCUCCCUCAGGAACAUUCUCGACGGAAGCAGUGGUGUUAUUUCCAACAUUCCCGAGGAGCAAGACGGGAUGGAUACGUCCAGCACUCAGGAUGACAGCGAGGCGAGAGGGACUCCGCCUCCACGCCGUCUGAGGAAAGGACGGGAGAAGGUGAAAUCGGAAAAACGGAAUACAAAGCACAUUCGAGAGGGACGGCCUCUGACUAAGCGACGCUAAACAAAAGCCUGAAGUUCAUUCCCACAUCGGAUUCGGAAGUGAUCCAAGCUUGUUUUUCCUCUGACCGGCAUCAUUGUAGUCCAAAUGUGGAAUUCUACAACUUUUCCAAAGAAUCCCAACAGCGAGGCAUGGAGUCCCUGCAAACAUAUUGUGAAGAUCACCAGCGAGAUUCCUCUCAUGGAUUCAAUGAUCCACAAUUCCCAACACUUGAGGGUGCCUUUUUUCAGGACGGACACAACACGGAACAACGUAUGUCGUUGCGGCUUAGAUUUUCCCUCCAAAAGAAAAAACUUCCAGCAGGGGUGAACUCAUGUGCCAUUUUGAAUUUUCGCUUCGGAAAUGUUCAUUUGCAUGGAAUAUUUGUAGUUUAGUUGUUAGGAAUGUUGUUAGGGAAAAUUGAUUCUUUUGAUUCUCUUAGGAGUCAUUCGUUACUGAACGCAUGUAAAUCAGGUACUCGAUUAACUCGGAUCAGCCAUCACCAAGUGCACCUGGCGAACGUUACGUGACUCGGGUACUCGAUUCACAAGAGUCGCUCAUGUGCAACAAAUACAUACGGUGUGGAAACUCGAAUGAAUCGGCUACUCCGAACACUGAAGUCACUUGCGUGAAUCAGGUACUCAAUUUACUCAGGUCAUCCAUCACGGAGCUUUACAAGUUGUGAAUCGGGUACUCGGUGCACAUGAAUCACUAGUCACGAACAUAUGUGGAUUCGGUACUCAAUUUACCCGAGUGCAGAAACUCGCACAUGUGCAUCGGCUACCCGAAUCAUUGUCAUAAAAUGAAUCGGAUCCUUGAUUCACUCGAGUCACCAAUCACUUGUUUCAAUAAAUCGAACGAUAAUAAUACAAAAAAAAGGUCUCUGGAUGACAAGAGGGUUCACUCUGCAUCUGUUUGUGCGCAUUGGUUCUAUAGUGGAAUAAACAUACAGAGUGAGACCUCUCGUUCAGCCUCGGUUUUAAACAGAAUGAACAAAGUGAUUUUUCUCAACAACAACGUAAUUUACAUAAAAAUUGAUUUUAAACAACAUAGUACUUCUGUGGGCGAGUGGUUAGCGCGCAGACCUCACAGCUAGGAGACCAGGGUUCAAGUCCAAUUUUCUCCGGGUACUCUGGUUUCCUCCCACAUUCCAAAAAAAAAACAUGCUAGGUUAAUUAGCGACUCCAAAUUGUCCAUAGGUAUGAAUGUGAGUGUGAAUGGUUGUUUGUCUAUAUGUGCCCUGUGAUUGGCUGGCCACCAGUCCAGGGUGUACCCCGCCUCUCUCGCCCGAAGACAGCUGGGAUAGGCUCCAGCACCCCCGCCACCCUCAUGAGGAUAAACGGUAGAAAAUGAAUGAAUAUGAUUAGCGGCUGCACGGUGGUCGAGUGGUUAGCAUGCAGGCGUCACAGCUCGGCGACCCGAGUUCAAUUCCACCCUCGGCUAUCUCUGUGUGGAGUUUGCAUGUUCUCCCCGUCCGGGGACUCCGGUUUCCUCCCACAUUCCAAAAAAAAAAAAAACAUGCUAGGUUAAUUAGCGACUCCAAAUUGUCCAUAGAUAUGAAUGUGAGUGUGAAUGGUUGUUUGUCUAUAUGUGCCCUGUGAUUGGCUGGCCACCAGUCCAGGGUGUACCCCGCCUCUCUCGUCCGAAGACAGCUGGGAUAGGCUCCAACCCCCCCCCCCCCCCAAGUGACCCUCGUGAGGGAAAGCGGUAGAAAAUGAAUGAAUAGUACUUCUGUGUUAAGCUAAUGUGGCUCAACACAGGUGCACUACACUUUAGCACCAUCUGGUGGUUGAAAUGUGAAUUACAAUAAUGACAUGUCACAAUUAUCAACCAGGAAAAUGUGUUAGCGUGAUAAGUCUAGUAGCCGCGUAAACUCACACAUGUACAAGUCUCGCAUUUAACCACGACCUUGCCAUGUUACCUAGCUUCCUUUUUUCAAAUUUACCGAGUUAGCAGAGCCCGAAUUGAAGUACAUUCUUUUUUUUUUUUUUUUUUUUUGUUAAACUACGUUUUGUGCCUUGGAGAUUUGCUUUAAGCAUUUCUAGACUUAUUUUGUGUAUAAAUAAAUUUGCGCAGGAGACCCCGUUCAUUGUAAUUUCCAUUCAGGAUUCAAAUUCGGCACAAUUCCUAACCCAGCAAUAUUUACAGCAAAAUAGAUGUUUAAAGCUCGACCAAAUGUUGUCUUCCUUUGUGGAUUCCAGCUUGGUUUUACAGCGAGAUUCGUUUAUUUGUGUGUAAAUAGUCCAAAACGGUGACUGUGAUAGUGUUUGUUUUGUGUGGUUCUCUUGUUUACUUCAGAACAAAACGCUGCUGUAAUAUAUUAUCUAUAUUAUCUACGUUCUUUUUAAAUGUAGCAACACGUCGAGCACUUAAAUCAGUCAUCGGGCAUAUGAAUGAACACGUUGAAGAUAUAAAGUACAGUAGUCGUUUGCUCCUCGUUAACUUGCUGAAUGUAUUUGUAUUUGUGUAUUUAUAGCUUACUUCCUGUCGGUGGUGUAUAUUUAUGUAUCACUUUGUGUGCUUUAAAUUAUUAAACUUAUCAAAAUUGUCA